AUGUCUUUAUUCGGAUUAGGAGGUGGCCAACCACAAUUAACAUCAGAACAAAAAAUUCAAAAUGCUGAAUCGGAAUUAGAUUUAGUCACUGAUAUGUUCAAUAAACUAGUGGAUAACUGUCAUAAGAAAUGUAUAAGCACCAACUAUGCCGAUGGUGCUUUGGAUAAGAACGAAGCUAGCUGUUUAGAUAGAUGUGUUGCUAAGUAUUUUGAAGCUAACGUUAAAGUUGGUGAGAACAUGCAAAAAAUGGGUCAAACAUUUGGCAAUAAUGGUUCUAAAAUCUAA